AUCCCAUAAGCACUUUCACUUUGCUUCGCCAAACGACGCGCUUCCUUUCACGUGCUCCAUAACGCACACAUCUGAUUUCCUUCGUGUGCCGGCUGUCGCAAGCAGCCGCUUCUUCCAACGUGGAUGGGCGAUGCAGUUUGACUUCCUAUAAACCGAGCUCGUUCAAAAGUAUAGUUUUGUCACAGUGGUUGGGGUGACGCUAAAAGGAGCCAGCGAAAGGACUCCUCGCAAGCCCGGAGCCAUGCAAGUGCCACGCAUCGCUGCUCGGGCAGGCAGUGAGGAGAAGCAGCCAGCGGGCCUCGCGCUGUGGCUCCAGGCGCUCGUGGCCGAGCUCUUGCUGUUCGCGAAGAUCGUCCUGCUCGCCUUCGAACAUGUGUGGGAGAAGCCCGCCGUGUGCCACUCGCAGGCCUCCAUGGAGGGAAGCACGGUCGUCGUCACGGGGGCCACUUCGGGUGUCGGCAGGGAGACAGCCUUGGAACUGGCUCGCCGAGGAGCGAGAGUCGUCAUCGGCUGCCGAAACCUCCAAAAGGCACGGCGCGUGGCGCAGGAGAUAUUCGACCGCACUCAACAGCGAGUGAUCGUUAAACACCUGGACAUGAAUUCGCUCAAGUCGGUCCGGCAUUUCUGCGACGACGUCAUCAAGACAGAGGAUAGGCUGGACGUGCUCAUCAACAACGCUGGGGCUAUCGGACAUUCAAAAAAGGUUAAACUCACAGAAGAUGGCUUUGAAGAAAUCUUCCAGGCAAAUUAUUUGGCUCCUUUGCUACUCACAGUGCUUCUUCUUGACUUGCUCAAGAAGAGCUCGCCGAGCCGGGUGAUCAACGUGGCCUCCGACUUCCACCGGUUGGGCGAAGUGGGCAGCGUGGCGGACAAGGCACGGGGCGUCAACUCGGUCGCCAACCCGACGGCCGUCUACGGGAACGCCAAGCUGGCGCUGUGCAUGGUCACCGUCGCGCUGGCCGACAGGCUUCGAGGCACCGGUGUGACGGUCAACUCCCUUCAUCCUGGUGCCGUCAAGACACACAUCGUCGAUGAGGGGCCGGGCGUCCGCAAGUUCCUCUUCGAGCUGAUCCUCAGCAUCAAGGGCAAGACGCCGCAGGAGGGGGCGCAGACGUCCGUGCGGCUCGCCGUGGACCCCGCGCUGGAGCAGACGAGCGGCGAGUACUUCGAGAACUGCGCGCCCGCCGCAGCCCGCUACCGCAGCGCGCACCUGGCCGACCACCGGCUGGCCGACGAGGUGCUGCGCUCGUCGCUGGAGCUGCUCGGCUGGAGGUGGUGACGCCCCGUGUCAAGUGACGUUGCGAGCAGAGGAGGCCGACCGGCGCUUGGCGAACGCCUUCUAUUCGCCUCGCUGCUCUCGACAAAAAGAAAUAAAAAUCGUGCAGAUGCCUA